AUGUCUGAAGAUUUUGUUACAAGGGUAAUCCGACAUGCGUCUACGUUUCACAUACUCGCCGUCGAUGAAGAUACAAAAACCGUCUCACAUACUGCACCUUCACAAGCUUUUCUAGACAAUCCAAUCCCGCCAUUCGCUCCACUAAAGGUUCCUUCAUAUAGUGUGAAGAGUACUCUAACGAUUUGUUUGGAUCCGAGAUUCCUCAGCACAGCCUUCCGAAUUGGCGAUGCAUUGCUUCGAUAUGGAGAUAUUGUUGAGCCUUACGAGACGGCCUUCAACCUUGCCUUUGACACACCGUAUGACUACUUAAGAUACAUGGCAGACGAUGCGAAUCUUGAACUUUGUGAGACUAUGCUAGACCACCUGACGUUUGUCAUGUCGAGUCACAAUAUGGCUACAAGAGAUCACGACCAAGAUACACUAGCCAAUAAUAUAAUCAACAGGAUAAUUGCCAGUCAGAAGAAGCCUCCGAAGAUCUCCAAAAUUGUUGACAUGGGAGGCGGCUGGGGCGAUGUAUGUAUCAGCAUUGCCGACGCCCUCUUCCACACAGACCAACUACCAGAUUCAUUUCCAAAAUUCGUAGUGAAAGACCUUGAUAGAAUGAUCAUCAAUGGACCAGACCAUGUUGAAACAUCGAAUCUUGACGGAAGCAUAAAGAAAAAUAUCACCUUUGAAAAGUAUAAUUUUAUCGACGACGGGGAGAAUGAGAAAGACGAAGCUGACAUAUACAUGUUUCGCUUUGUUAUGCACGAUUGGUCGGACAGCCGCGUGAUUACAAUUCUAAAAAACAUUGUGCCCAACAUGAAGAAAGAUGCGCUCAUCCUCAUUAUGGACUACAUCAUUCCUAAAUCAAAUGUGUUCCCACUGGUGGUUGAGAGGCUAAAAAGGACAAUGGACAUGGCCGCUAUGUCUAUCUUGGCAGGCAAAGAGAGAACGGAGGAUGACUGGCGCCAGCUAAUUACGAGGUUUAAUAAUGAGAAUCCUGAUAAUGAGCUGGAAUUUACGCUUUGUCCAGGAAAUGAAUCUUGUACAGAUAAUACGCCCUGUACACACAAUGAGCUUUGUAACAGGAAGCAUGCGUUCGGGGUUGUCGAGUUGAAGUUUGCGUCUUCGUCCAAGAGCGUAUGUAAAUAG